CUCCUCCUUUCCUAUCGGGUCCACAAUGGUACAGCCAGCAUCUUGCAGCACAAUGCUUACAAGGUGUUGGUGAGCAUCAAGAAUCCUUGGUUAGCUUUUUUUUGUUCACUAUCACCCUUUUAUAUUUGUGAAAAAAAAGAAGAAGACGUUUCCACCUGCCCUUCCGGGACCAUUUAGCCAUGAUCGCUGGAACGCUUCAGUUCGGGAUGUUUUGAACUGGACUGUCACCGGAUUGGGUUCGUCAUCAGCUGGCACGGAAUGGUAUUUAUGAGUAGACAUUUCUUAUACAACUGCAGCCAACCAAUCCUGGAUGUGAAGAUAGCCUUUUGUCAGGUGUGUGUCCCUUACAGGUAAAAAAGGGUUUUGGAAAACAAGUGGAUGUGUCAUAUAUUGCCAAACAUUACAACAUGAGCAAAAGCAAAGUGGACAACCAGUUCUACAGCGUGGAAGUGGGAGACUCUACCUUCACAGUUUUAAAACGCUACCAGAAUUUAAAGCCCAUUGGUUCUGGAGCUCAGGGGAUUGUCUGCGCGGGCUAUGAUGCUGUCCUAGACAGAAAUGUAGCCAUCAAGAAGCUGAGCAGACCCUUCCAGAACCAGACCCAUGCCAAGAGGGCGUACCGGGAGUUGGUGCUCAUGAAAUGUGUCAAUCACAAAAAUAUUAUCAGUUUAUUAAAUGUCUUCACACCACAGAAAUCGUUAGAGGAAUUCCAAGAUGUGUACCUAGUGAUGGAGCUGAUGGAUGCCAACCUAUGCCAGGUGAUUCAGAUGGAGCUGGACCACGAGAGAAUGUCGUACCUACUCUACCAGAUGUUGUGUGGCAUCAAACAUCUGCACUCAGCAGGCAUUAUUCACAGGGACCUGAAACCAAGCAAUAUAGUUGUGAAGUCUGACUGCACUCUGAAGAUCCUGGACUUCGGUCUAGCUAGGACCGCGGGCACUAGCUUCAUGAUGACCCCUUAUGUGGUGACAAGAUACUACAGAGCCCCUGAGGUUAUCCUGGGCAUGGGAUACAAAGAGAACGUGGACAUAUGGUCGGUGGGGUGCAUUAUGGGAGAAAUGGUGCGCCACAAAAUCCUUUUCCCUGGGCGGGACUACAUCGACCAAUGGAACAAGGUGAUUGAACAGCUGGGCACGCCGUCGCCGGAGUUUAUGAAGAAGCUCCAACCCACCGUGAGGAAUUACGUAGAGAACCGGCCGAAGUACGCAGGCCUCACCUUUCCCAAACUCUUCCCGGAUUGCCUUUUCCCUGCAGACUCCGAGCACAACAAAUUGAAAGCAAGCCAAGCCCGAGACCUGCUGUCCAAAAUGCUGAUCAUUGACCCUGCUAAACGGAUAUCGGUGGACGAGGCCUUACAGCACCCCUACAUCAACGUGUGGUACGAUCCAGCCGAGGUGGAGGCGGCCAGGGAUCUCAUCCAAAUAUCCAUGCCUCCACCUCAGAUUUAUGACAAGCAGCUCGAUGAGAGAGAACACUCCAUUGAUGAAUGGAAAGAGCUGAUCUACAAAGAGGUGAUGAAUUUUGAGGAGAGAACGAAGAAUGGCGUAGUGAAGGGACAGCCUUCACCUUCAGGUGCAGCCGUGAACAGCAGCGAGAGCCUCCCUCCGUCCUCGUCCAUCAACGACAUCUCGUCCAUGUCCACCGACCAGACCCUGGCCUCAGACACCGACAGCAGCCUGGAGACCUCGGCGGGACCCCUGGGGUGCUGCAGGUGACUAGCCGCCUGCCUGCGCAACCCCGCCUUCUUCCGCCGUUAAGAAGGAAAAAUGAGGGAAAGCGUCUAUUCCCAUCCCCUCCACCCCCCCCCAAAAAAAAAGAAAGAAAGAAAACAAAAAAAGUGAAACAAUCAAUAUGAAACGAUGAAGCCUGCGCGUUGUCAUGCUAAAAACAACAUUGGUAUUUAACGUGAGCAGAUAUACUCAAUGUCCAUGAUCCUCUAGUUCAGGGGUCGGCAACCUUUACGAUCAAAAGAGCCAUUUUAUUACCCCCUGGCUCACUAAGAAAAAUAGACUGGAGCCGUAAAACAUAAUUUAAAAACAGCAGAGACGUGCUCGAGUGGUUAGCGCGCAGACCUCACAGCUAGGAGACCAGAGUUCAAUUCCACCCUCGGCCAUCUCUGUGUGGAGUUUGCAUGUUCUCCCCGUGCAUGCGUGGGUUUUCUCCGGGUACUCCGGUUUCCUCCCCCAUUCCAAAAACAUGCUAGGUUAAUUAGCGACUCCAAAUUGUCCAUAGGUAUGAAUGUGAGUGUGAAUGGUUGUUUGUCUAUAUGUGCCCUGUGAUUGGCUGGUCACCAGUCCAGGGUGUACCCCGCCUCUCACCCCAAGACAGCUGGGAUAGGCUCCAGCACCACCCGCGACCCUCGUCUGGAUAAGCGGUAGAAAAUGAAUGAAUGAAUGAAUGAGAGAUGUGCUCACAUUCAGAGCGAAUUGCGAGUCUCCCAAGAUUUUGAUUGACUGCCAGAUUUGGAGGGAAUUUUGGGGUAUCAAAGUACUUCAGAGUUGGUCAAGUAGUCUUGGUCUCACAGAAAGUCGGAUUUUUUUCCAAAAAUGUGUAUUUUCCCCAUUCAGGUGUUAAAAAAAAUAAAUACUUGAGCAAUGUGACGGGAGCCACAACAAAGAGGCUGAAGAGCCACAUGCGGCUCUGGAGCCGUGGGUUGCUGACCCCUGCUCUAGUUGCUUUGCUUAUAAUACGUCUGGCAACCCGAUGCUGUAGCCUGGCUGCUAUGAACACAAACCCAGUCUCGUAGAAAAAAAGCAUUUAACCCAAGGGUGUCCACAUCUUUGCACCGAUGUUCUCACGCUAUGAAAAUGACAUUUUUUCUAUUUUUCAUUUUCUCCCAUGUUGAUGAUAUUUCAAGACGUACAUGACACGUUCUCCGAACCUGCUGACAUUUUUUUUAGUGUCAUAAAAAAAACAUCAUCAUUGUCAAAACUUACAAAGUGAUAACAGUAGUGAUGAUUGGACACCACAUGAUUUGUAGUUAUCGAUACAUAAUUAAUAACAUCAUGGCUUCAUGAAGCGUUCAGAAGCAAACAGAAAGCAUUCAGGGCGCUUGCCACGCCAGAUAACGCGUGUGAUGGCGGUGGACACCAAAGGUGAAGUAAAUAAAAAGUACAUCAAAAAUAUUAAUGUGAGGUUUUAAAUCAUCAAUUAUAAUUACCCACUUGAUCCACAACUAACAACUAAACUAAAUAUUAAAAAUAAAUAUUCCUUACAAAGAUCUCUGCAGGUUCGGAGCACACGUCAGUAAAAAAAUAAAAA